UUUAGCUAUGUCCUUGUGAAGAGGCUCGCCUGUUAGCUCCACUUCUGACCGCAGCGUCUAGGGGCGCAGUGUUGGAGGCAGGAGAGACCCACCCUCCGCUGGGAGCUGGGACGGUCGGCCGCUGCCUGAGUGUCGCUUUGCUGCGGAGGACGUAGUUCACGGAGCGGAAGAUGGCGACUAUUUGGAGGCUCCAGAGGAACCACCGGAGUUGAUACCAGGGAGAGAAAGAGGCACGCUGUAGAACCAAGUGCAGACCACGUCUUAAAAACGACAAUAAUGUCCCGCUCCCCUGACAAUGAGGAUGGAUGCUUUGUUGCCAUGGAUACGGAGGAGGACGGUACAGAUCCUGCUGGGAUAAAUGAGGAAGUAGACACAAAGAUGGGGUCCUGGCGACAAGACGGGGCCAUAGACAGUUGUGCCAAAGGAGCAGGAAGAACAAUGAUGGAGUUACCAGAGGAAGUUCUAGAAUAUAUUCUGUCAUUCCUUUCACCUUACCAGGAACACAAGACUGCCGCACUUGUCUGUAAGCAGUGGUAUCGCCUCAUUAAAGGUGUUGCCUAUCAGUGCUAUCACGGUUUCCUGAGAGCUGUCCAGGAAGGAAAUAUCCAGUGGGAAAGUCGCACUUAUCCGUAUCCAGGAACUCCUAUCACUCAACGCUUUUCACACAGUGCAUGUUACUAUGACUCAAACCAGUCCAUGUAUGUGUUUGGAGGCUGCACUCAGAGUAGCUGCAAUGCUGCCUUUAAUGACCUGUGGAGACUUGACCUCAACAGCAAGGAGUGGAUUCGCCCUUUAGCCUCAGGCUCUUAUCCGUCUCCCAAAGCUGGGGCGACUCUGGUGAUGCACAAAGAUUUGUUAGUUCUCUUUGGUGGCUGGACUCGACCCAGUCCUUAUCCACUUCACCAGCCAGAAAGGUUUUUUGAUGAAAUUCACACAUACUCUCCUUCAAAGAAUUGGUGGAACUGUAUCGUCACCACACAUGGACCCCCACCUAUGGCUGGACACUCUUCCUCUGUGAUUGGAAAUACCAUGGUGGUGUUCGGGGGGUCUUUAGGAGCUCGUCAAAUGAGUAAUGAAGUCUGGGUCCUUGAUCUGGAACAAUGGUCCUGGUCCAAACCAGUCAUAUCUGGUCCAUCACCACACCCACGGGGCGGCCAAUCACAGAUUGUCAUUGAUGAUCAAACAUUACUCAUCUUAGGAGGGUGUGGUGGACCUAAUGCGCUCCUGAAAGAUGCCUGGCUUCUUCACAUGGGUUCACCACCAUGGAGGUGGCAGCAGCUCCAGGUGGAGAACGAGGAGCACGGAGCCCCAGAACUCUGGUGUCACCCAGCCUGUCGGGUCGGCCAGUGUGUGGUGGUUUUCUCACAGGCUCCAUCUGGGCGUACACCACUCAGCCCAAGUCUUAAUUCUCGGCCCUCCCCCAUAAGUGCCACACCUGCCCCUCUGGGGCCUGAACCGCCUUCAUUACGUUCUCAGUCCCCUGUCCGGAGCGGGGCUGCUGGGGUCGUCCUGGGCGCCGCGGAAGAGGCUCCGUGUGUGAACGGUCGAUGGGGGACCUUGAGGCCUCGGCCUUCAGCAAGAGGCGGUGCCAGAGACGGAAGUCCGUCCUCCUCGCAGCAGCCGUCUCCUUUACAAGGCCCUGACAGCCCUCCUCUCCCCCCGCUAUUGAACGGCUCCUCCCCUUCACCCCGGACCAGCCCAGCCCAGGCUGCGUCUCCUCCCUCCCGCCCUCACCUGUCUGCCUCCUCUGACUAUGGUUGGGAGUCUCCUCCCUCUGCCUCUCACCACCCCGAGUUGCCCAGCACCAACGGCCUACAUACACCUCCUGCGGGCUCUGCGAGUACUCCUCCAGGAGCAGUGUCCCCGGCCGCCUUAAGGCGAGGCCUGGAGGCCGUGAAGAACAAAUCUUCCUCAUCUUUGCCAUCUUCAUCGUCAUCAUCAUCGUCUUCCUCUCACAUCCAGGGGGCUUCUCCUGGAGGAGGAAGCAGCGAUAGAGCAGGUCUACCAGGGACCCCUCCCUCAUCGUCCUCCAGUCCUCCUCAGCCCGGGGGGACCGAUGGACACGCCAUCCCACCAAUUGCGCGGCGUCUCGGCCAUCACCCGCCUCAAAGCCUGAACGUAGGAAAACCUCUGUACCAGUCGCUCAACUGCAAACCCAUGCAGAUGUACGUGCUGGACGUGUCCCGCGCCAAAACUGCCGGGCUGGUGUCGUGGAGGGUUUACGGAAACGGCAGCCCCGCGGCGGUCACCGGGCCGCCGGAGACCAGCCUCCACACUGUCGUGCAGGGCAGAGGAGAGCUCAUUAUAUUCGGGGGCCUCAUGGACAAAAAACAGAAUGUGAAGUACUACCCUAAAACCAAUGCCUUGUACUUUGUUCGUGCUAAAAGGUAAUACGACUCCAGGGCGAGGGUGGAAUAAGAGACGUUUGGACCUGUGACCACGGCAGAGCGGAGACAAAAAGGCCUUUUUCCUGUUGAGAAAAUAAAUGGAGGAAAAACAUAAUCCAACGACGUUGUUACUUGUCAGAAAAACCCCCGCAGCUUCCUUUCUGCCUACUGCAAGCAUCGGUAUAACAACAUGUAAAAGUUCACUUUGGUUAAACAGUUUCUUGAAUGACGGUCCUGUGUACGAACGUGUGUGCGUGUACUUGUGUGCAUGAGUGUUUGUAGAUGUGCGUGAAGUGGUUGAAGGACUGGACAUUUUUGAUGCUCACCUGUAAGUGAUCACAACCAAACUUAAGAGAAACCAACCAGUUUGAACCGGUUGACGACUACCCUGCUUUUUCUAUCACUCUACGAGCCUGCAAUGUUUACAUUGAAACGGGUGUGAGUGUGUGUGUGUGUGUGCGUGCGUGUGUGUGUGCGUGCGCACAUGUGUGCCAUGUUUGCACGGUGAUGGUUAAAAGUUGUGAAAAUGACGUGUCUGUGCGGAGGGUGUUGCUGACCCCUGGUGGUGACAUCUGUAUUGAGUAAUUAAAUGGCAUGUGGACAAGGUUUGACCUCCGCUCCUCUUAAAACGUUUCUCCUGUGACCACAUGAGAUUGCAGAUCCACCCCCCCUUCACCUCUCCCUCCCCCACCGCCACCCAGAUUAUAAACAAAAGAACUAUUGUGACUUAACACUUCCUCUUCCAAACCACGCAGAGAUCAUGUCUGAUUGUGAUCAUGUCAUCAGACACAUUUUACACGUAGAGACCAUUGACAUAGAACUGUCCACAUGUGAUACGGUCACUCUGAACGGACGUCACUGCCUGAUAUAUGACGGGGUCAGCAGUUGAGAGUUAUGGCACUGUACAUUAAACAUAGUUAAAUAAUAAAAGACUCCACGUCUGCUCUGUCACGGCCUGUGUGUUACCGCA